GGGGACCCGUGUCGGUGUACGGUUUAUACAUGGUCGCUGCGCCGAAAAUUUCGACUGCCGACUCGCGCCCGUAAAUAUAUGUGUGAAAGUGCUGUCAGACGUGAACGGGACAGUGUGAUUCGGGGUACGUCAGACGCGCAGUAACGAUACACGUCGAGUGAAUGGAAUUGGAUACCGUAAAUGCGUACAGUGCCGUCAGGAUGGAGCAGGGAUUGUCUGGGGAUACGUGGGACUGCCUGUUCGGCAGUGACAGCAUCUCCGACGCCUUCCAGGGUCGACCAGAAAUGUUACACAUGGGCAUUCGGCGUUGCGAUAACACGAGCCACAUCGGCUGGUUUGGUCCAGGCCUUGGCUUCGAUUUCGACGACGUCUUGACGGAACCCGACGAAGAUCCGCUCUGCUUGAAUGACAAAAGCCGCAGUUCGAACAGCAACCUGGAGGAAUUGAAUCUGGACAGCGACAGCGAACUGGCUCUGACAUUGGAUCCGAAUUUAAUACUGCCGCGUAAAAUGCCUAUCCGCAGCCCCGCGACGAACAGCGACGUGGCGAUGCUAGAGACAGCGAGCGUGGAGGAGAACGCCGCCGAAAAUGAGGGUGACGAGACGGAGAACGAGAGUGAGGUCGAGCGAACCGAAAACGAUGAGGAAAAUGAAAGCGAGGAGGAGGAGGAAAUCGAAAACGAGGAGAACGAGCACAACGAGACAGAGGAGUACGAGUCAGAGGAGGAGGAAACGGAGGAGGAAGAGGAGGAGGAGGACGAGGAGACGGAGGACGAUGAGCAGGACACGACCGCUCAACAGCCGCUCACACCCCUGAGCGUGGAGGCGCCGACGUCGAUAUCGUCGUCGUCGGCCAGCGUCGGUGCCAGGACGUUAACCGCCGCCAUCGCCGCCUCCUCGCCGACGAUACAGCUGACGAGGUUGCACCACCCCAAAAUAAGUGCCAUUUCCGGCACAGUCAAGGUCCAGGACAUCAAAAUGCUGACGGCCAAUCCGAGCGGCCAGGCGUUGCAGCAGAUCCGCAAGCAGAUGUCCUACAACAACAACGUGCACGACAUCAGCACGGGCGCGACGACGACGACGGUGAUGAUACAGGCGGCAAAGCGCGAGAAGGAGCUAACGACGGGGAGCCGUGACAAUUCGUAUCCGAAACCCGCGUACUCGUACUCGUGCCUCAUCGCGAUGGCACUGAAGAACAGCCGAACGGGAUCGCUGCCCGUAUCCGAAAUCUACAACUUCAUGUGCCGGCACUUUCCCUACUUCACGACCGCGCCGACUGGUUGGAAGAACUCCGUGAGGCACAAUCUUUCACUGAAUAAGUGCUUCGAGAAGAUCGAGAAGCCGCCAGGCAAUGGUAGUCAGCGAAAGGGUUGCCUCUGGGCCAUCCAUCCGUCGAAGGUGGCCAAGAUGGACGAGGAGGUGCGAAAAUGGUCGCGGAAGGACCCGUCGGCGAUCAAGCGGGCGAUGGUGAAUCCGGAUCAGCUAGAGCUCCUCGAGCGGGGCGAGAUGAAGUACGAGGGGGAGAGACACGACGAGGCGUACGAGGAUGCAGAGAGUGACGCGGACUCUGAGACCGGUGGAUCCGCGGUGGACGAGGUCAACGACGACGAGAACGUCACGUAUGACGAGGCCAAGAUCGACAUCGUCGACGACGACAUCGUCGUGGAGCAGCUCUACGAGGAUCUCGAUCUCAUGAACGCCGAGUUAUUGGACACGCGGCUAAACGACUUUACCAGGCAGGAGCAGCCGCUGGCUGUGUACGAAUUCGUUUCGUGCGCGAAGCGCCAGAAGACGCUGUCGGGCUCGCCGAUACAUAACGAUUACGUUUAUCAGCAGGUGGACGCGACGUCGUCACCCCGGAAGAAGGCGCACCUUGUCGCGCUACGGCCGGGAGGUACCGCUCCGGGCGCCGCUUCGCUUCUCGAGGCGGAGUAAAUCCUUGGGACAUUUAUAUACGAUCUCCUAUAUUUAAAUAUACACACAUAUAUAUAUAUACACACGCGGCCAAGUACACACCUCCUCCCCUUUUUUAUUACCAGAACAAUUGUAAAUAAUUGCGUCCUGUAACUUUUUUUACAGCCUGGAAUUUUGUAAAUACCUGUGUUUUAUACGACAAUGUACCUUUUUUAUACAACGCUUGUACAUAACUGUAAUUUUAAUGUGUACAAAUCUCUUGUACAUAUACAAUGUACAAAGGCUAUCGUUCUUUUUUUUUUUUUUUAAACCGUAAUGUGGGACCAGCCCGUAGGCGCGCGCGUAAAAAAGUUUUCAGAUACGAAUGAUUAUACCUAACAUUUCUCCAUGCAUGUUUACGCAUCUCUUUACGAAAAAAUAGCCGUGAGCGGGAAAAAUUCCGAAACCGACUGUAUAUCUGAGGAUAGGGAGCGCCUGGUGCUCAUCCGGCAGCGACUGUUGUAUACACUAAAUUAGCGCUCGCCUAACGCGUCUAACGGCGCCACUACAAUUUUAUAAUAAACAUUUUUUAACGAUCAUUGAUCUCCCAAUUUUUUUUUAUUUGCAACUCUCGAAUAAGACGGAACGCAUAUAGGAAUUAUAUACGCGCCAGCUUCCACGUGUACCGUCCGCGAUAGAGAAAUAUAAAUUGAAACACGAAAGCUCACGAAUCGUCACUGCCAAGAACGGUCAAAGAUAAAAAUACGAACGUAGCGGAUUAACGUGUAGAUUACAGUAAUGAUACGACACGCGAUCUCAUGCCGAUCUUUCGAGGACUGAGUAACUCCUCAUUCAGUGCUACUCCUUCAUGCGUGAUUAUUAUGUAAAAUUUUUUUGAGAAUCUCGUUUUUUAUGAAAUCGUCAUAUUUAGCUAUGAUUUUUAUGUAUUAUAUACAUAUAUCGACUGAUAUUGCUAAUUAACAGUAGGAAAUCUCUAAUUUAUUCUAAUUUUAAUUGGUAUUGUCAAUUUUUUAUGUCAAUCAACAAUUGUAAGAUUCCAAAUUUACACAGGAGAAAAGUUCGAUUUCUAGAAUAUGGAUGAAGUUUCGAUGCCGACAUUUUUUUUUCGUGUAUUUCCAAAUUUGCAAAAUUUUGGAAAAGUUCAAAUGCGUGAAUUUGUCGUAGAUCUCAAAAAAACUCCCGCACAAAUCUUAGGAAAUCUAGGAAAUCAAAUUUCGGUUAAGAUGAAUAUUUUAGAUAUGUUUCAGUUUUUUUCACGCUAAUAAAAACCGUCAAUGGUUGCAAUUCGCAAAAAUGAAGUUUUUUUUUUAAAUUACCACAUCCAAAUUCUAAAUAGAAUUAUUCUUAACAUUGUUUUAAUACGAAAAUUUAAUUUUAUAAAAAUAAUAACAUACAUAAUAAUACUAAAGAUAUAUUAAAUAAUAUAAUAUGUUAUACAACAAAUAAAAUUUCAUCUAAUUCAGCCGAAAUUGAUAUUUCAAUUUUCAUAAGGUUUAUGCGAGAUUUUUUCGUUGAGAUUUCAUCCUCUAUUAAAACACGGAUAAAGUUUCAACAACAAAUUCUUUUUCUUUUAUAAUUUUUCCAUGUCACAAAUUUCAAUAAAUUUCGUGGAUGAAUUUGUCGUAUAUUUCAAGGAUUUGCGUCGUCGAGAUUUCAUCCGGUUAUGACACGACGUACUUGUACAUUGUAUUUAUAUACCGUUCGCUGCGUUCGAACGCAAUUUCAUUCCACGCGAGCAAGACCAAGCUCUAACGCUUACAAGGCAUUUAGGUAAUCAAUAAACAAAUAGGUGAUUGUGAGUGUGAACGGGAGAGAAAGAGAGAAGUCGUGCGAGAGAGUGGGUAGCGUAAGAUAGCGAUUAAAUUAAAUAAGGUAGCGUAGUUUUUGUACCUGUUUGUAAUAUUUCUAUAUAACGUUAAUGAGUGUGUAACUUUCGUGUAAAUGCACGAAAUUAAUGCGUAUAAAAAAAUGUAUAAUGUGCAAUGACUGCAAUUUUGUAAUAAAAUACUGAUAAGCGUAUUUCGCGUCUUCGUAGUUCGCUGCCUGACAGUGAGCCCAAUUAACGUCCAUCAGUAAAAAAAAAACCCUCAUUUUCAUCGUUUUUUUUUUU